AUGAAGGUUUCUUCUCUGCUCUCUCUCCUCGCCAUUUAUGCACUUCAGCUGCUGCCAGCUGUAGCACAGUCCAAUGUCACAGUUCUCGCAGAGGAUCCGCAAAUUGUGUAUACGGGCGGUUGGAUAAACCAAGAGAAUGGUGAAUAUUUCUACGCUAAUGGACCUGGGUCGUCAUUAUCUUUCUCCUUUACAGGGACAGCAGUCUAUUAUCAUUCUGUGAUAAAUCCAAACGGAGGAGUGGCAAGCAUUGUCCUGGAUAAUGACUCUCCGAGCCUUGUAGAUGAAUCGGAAAAUGCUUACAAAGGCGAAGCUCCUAUACCGGCUGUACUUUGGUCAAAGACCGAUUUGGAUGGCGAAAAAAACCAUUCACUGAGUGUAAGCUACGUAGGCGGUGGAGUAUUAGGUGGUAGCUAUGUUGAGUUCUAUUAUCUUCAAUAUACAAGCUCAGGUAGCGAGACAAAUGAAGCCGGAAGUGCAGGUCCGAUCUCAGUGAGUUCUAGCGGAGCUCAAGGCUCGCCUUCGGCAAGCGGAACUUCCAACGGUGGUACAUCUACCACUUCAAAUAUCAAGGGUGGAACAUCUACUACCUCAGUUAUCAACAGCGGAACAUCCACCACCUUAGUUAUCAACAGCGGAACAUCUACCACACCAGUUAUCUCUAGCUUUAGCAGCGAGAUAAAUGGAAUUGGAACUGCAAGCUUGACCUCAGUGAGUCUUAACGAAGCUCAUAGCCUGCCUUCGGCAAGCGGAACAUCCAACGGUGGUGCAUCUACCGCCUCACUUAUAUCUUCAGCGAGCGCUGCCUCAUCCUCUCACUUCUCGAAUACAAGGGCUAUUAUCAUUGGUACUGUGGCUGGAGUGGGAGGCACCCUGAUCGUUGCAAGUGCGAUCAUUUUAUUCUUGUGUCGUAAAGGCUGUAGAUGGACUACAGGUGCGGCUCGACACCCUCGUUCUGCAAAGAUCAAUCAUACGCCAUCACCUUACAAUAUGAGCGCUAUCGAUCCUCUGCAACCCCUACGCAGGAAGACACCCGCAAUGUCUUCCCUUCCGCUGGCUGUCGACCAGCCAUCCGCUUCCAACUUAUCUCGUCCCGACACACCUAGCGAGCCUCUCAUCCCGGCUAAUGAAGACGGGCUGACGCCAGAAACACCUUCGCAUUCUUCUCAUAACGCGAGAGUGAUUAAGAUGAUGCAUAUUUUGGGAUCGUCUCGUUCCACGAGUCCACCAAAUGAGCGCCACCUUACUCCUGGGCUUAGUGCUCUUCUGAGUCAUAAUCAGCCUCGUCAGGUGUCCCUGGUUGGUUCUGAUAGUUUAACUUACUUAUCUGAUCCACCGCCUGUGUAUGAUGGACGUAGGAUGGCAUAG